AGCACUUCCUUGUCUAAUCUGAAAUGUGGAAACAAUGUAAUAUUCGUGCAUUUGUAUUUUGAUUUAAUUUGUACACACUGUACCAAUUAAAUGUAUAUAAUGUGUGUUUCCAAACACAUUACAAGUGCACUUAUACUUCGUUCUCGUGCAUAGAAUGAGUGCAAAUUAAUUAUUUGUCAUUUUCAAACUGAAAAUGUUGGGAAAUUUUAUUUGAUAAGUGUCAGAAUUAAAAAGGAAUGGCCGAAAGUAGACCCGUGGAAGGAACUGAAGGGGACAAAAGAACUCUGGGAACAGAAAACAUAGGGUCAUCGAUUCCUGAAUGUGCAGUGUGCUUGCAGACCUGUGUUCACCCUGCACAGUUGCCUUGUGGUCACAUAUUUUGCUUUCUGUGUGUGAAGGGUGUAGCAAAUCAGAGCAAGAAGUGUGCAAUGUGUCGCCAGGAAAUUCCAACAGAUUAUUUUGAAAAACCUGUCCUAGUAGCACAGAAUAAUACAGACAAAGACAGUGCAGGAUUUGAUGGUGGCUAUCAGUGGUUUUAUGAGGGAAGAAAUGGAUGGUGGCAAUAUGAUGAGCGCACAAGCCGAGAACUGGAGGCAGCCUACAAGAAAGGGGAAAGGAUAUGUGAACUUCUUGUGGCAGGUUUGCUGUACAUUGCCGAUUUUGAUGCAAUGCUUCAAAUACGAAGAAAUGACCCUUCCCGUCGCCGACGUAUUAAACGUGAUCUUGCCACAAUCCCAAAAAAGGGUGUUGCUGGUCUACGAUUGGAAGGCUACCAGCAGGCAUUAGGGGAGCAAGGUGAAGAAGCCCGGUCAAAGAGUCCUGCCCUUCAAGGGACUACUGAUGGAGCCAUGACCCCUACCCCAGUUCCACCAACGAACACACCCCAGACUCCAGCUGGAGGAAAUGCCAGUGGAGAUACAACACCAGAUCAACAAGAGUCCCUUCACAGGGCUGUUGAACAGAUUAGAUCACUUAGUUUCAGGGAUGAUGUUACUGCUUUGGAUGAUAGUGAUGGAGGUGAAAGAGGGAGUGGGGAUGAAGACCAAGAACUGCCAAACUUUUCAGGGGUUAUACCCCCACCUUGGGUGCUUACCUUUUCCUCAGAUGAGGAUUUGCUGUGAUUUGCUUUCACAUAUUACUGUCUAAUAUUUUGUUGAAAAACUGAUAGGGUGUUUGUGUUUCAAAAUGAUUGUAGUGUUGACAUAUUGUAAUUCUGUCAUAUUCAGCUAACUUUAGAGAGAGGUGUUUAUUGUAUUUUAGCAAUUAAAAAUUGAAUUUUGAUAUCAUGCUGUGCCAGGUUUUAUACACAAGUAAACUUACAAUCUUAGUGGUAGUGUCACAGUACAAGAUUGUGGUGUAAGUGCAGUUGACCUCUGAUAAAAAUGUUUGUUGAUGGAAGUUCCGAUUACAAUAAUUUUUUCUUGUAUUCAGGAAUGAUGGAGUUAAUAAACUGAGGAGUGUCUUAAA